GGUCGUGGGUUCGAGUACCAACCGAGUAAGCUAAAGUUGAAGUUAAGGUAAAGUAAUUAACCUGUCAUGCAUUGUUUACAUAAUGUCGGCCUACUGGGCUGACCUUCAAAGCCCGAGUAUUUCAGAGUUAAUGCUGAGGAUUACAUAACCUUCUGUAGCUGUGUGGCUCAACGCAUACAUUGUACAUGCACAAAGAGAAUUUAAAUGUUAUAAUGGUUCACCGCUGUGACGGCCACUUCACUUAAACCAGGUGACCACGUAUUAAUGACAUACGUACUGAACGAUACGUCAUAAUUAUAUUCUCCGAAGCAAAUGUAAAAUGUUCAAACAGUAACCAAGAUUGAAGUUGUUUUCGGUAAGACAUGGUCCCACAGAGCUGUUGGAAAAUAGUGUCGUCAGUGUGAAAACUUUGGUGGGCAUGGCCGCUGUCAACUACAACGCUCCCUGUCCCACGAGGACAGCUGAACCACCAGAGCCCCAGGACGGCGGCAGGGCCUGGCUAGUACUUGCAGGUACAUUCUUCUCACAAGCUCUGGUAUAUGGAUACUAUGGAUCUGUGGCCGUCUACGUUACCGUGUGGAUGGAUUUCUUCGACAGUUCAGCGACAGAAUCGAGUUUGAUUGUUUCCCUGUCGUCAUUCUUCGUGGGAUUUUUAAGUGUGAUUGCUGGUGUCUUGAUAACCCGAUUUAGCGUCAGAUCUGUCUGGAUGAUUGGGGGCGUGCUGGCCUCACUGGGACUUCUGAUAUCAGCUCUGGCCACCAGCACAGUCUACCUGACGUUGAGCAUGAGUUUGGUCACAGCUCUAGGUUUCAGUAUGUGCGCAAACUGCAGUUUUGUGGCUCUGAGCAUGUACUUCAAGAAGCGUCUCACUCUAGCUAUUGGUAUCGUCUCGUCUGGCUUUGCUGUAGGUCAAAUAGCCCUUACUCCAAUGCUAGACUACCUAAUAGACCAAUAUGGAUGGAGAGGGUCCAUGGUCAUCACAGCAGGCAUUCUGUUGCAUGCUACUGCUUGUGGGGCCCUCGUACGUCCAGUGACAUCCAAGGCAGGCAAACGGACAUUGAAGCGGCAGCUGAAUUCUAGAACAAAAUCGGCAGACGAAGACGUUACGAAUUUCGGCAGUACUUCUCCAAAAGUAAACGAGGAGGGAGACAGUUUCACUGACCCACAGUUAAGAACUACUGGUGAUGUGGCAGAAACUGCCAGCAGGGAAUUGUCAUUUGACGAUGUAGGCAGAGUGUGCUUUGACGACCAGGAGAUCUUGUGGCAGAAAAAUGACGAUGACGACAAAAAGAUCACACCGAAACCCAAAUCGUCGGUUGGUGUCGCAGAAUUUACUGCUAAGGCGAACGACGCAACUCAUGGUCCCUGUUUCCUUGAAGACUCUAGCGCAACUGUCUCUCCAAAGACCAACGGUGAGAUAUCAACCACAUCACAGACUGACUCAAGCCUGCCUCCUGUUGGGCGUUGGAGAGUGUACUUGUCCCGAUUCCGGACGUUUAUGAUGGAGAGCUACGGUCUCUCACGCUUGUUCCGAAACCCCAGCUUUGUCUUGACCAUACCCAUCGGCAUAGCGCACGGCUGCGGUUGGGCCUCCGUCGUCUUUCACCUCGACGUUCGAGCCGAGUCAGUCGGCUUAAAGCCAACCGACGGAGCUACGCUUCUAACUCUCAUGGGCGUAGGAAGUUUUGUUGGUUCAGUAAGUCACGGAUGGUUCGUCGACAAAGGUUACAUCUCCCCGAUAUCUGCCUAUAUUUUUGCCAUCCUUGGUAACGCGAUGACCUCCUUUAUCCUGCCUCCUCUCGUCACUUUUGGCCCCAUGGCCGCAAUCUCUGUGCUUUUCGGAGUAGCUCUAGGUGUAUCAGAGCCAUUGAUUUACGUAAUUCUUCAGAUUCUUGUGCAACCGUCGGAGGUGGCUGGAGCCACUAGUCUGUUUCUCGUGUGCUGGGGUACUGGAGAAAUACUGGGAGCUACUGUAGCAGGUUGGAUUUACGACACCUUAGAAAGCUACAACGUCUCAUACUUCAUAUCGGGAUCAGCCUUUACCUUCGCGGCCGCCCUAGCUACCGUGAUCUAUUUCUUAGAAAAACGAAAGACGAAAGGACAGAAGGGGAAAGCGGACGAUGUACAUAUUGAGGCAAGGUGCACUUCUCCAACUACCGUCGACAAAUCCGCAGAUCCCCGUGACUGGAACGCUGACAAUGGCAUAGUAAACUCAGUGUACAACGGUCCAAAUAACAUUGAUGCUAUACAGCAAGAUCAGAGUUUGAACUAGAAAGAACAGAAUGAACAGUCUUUCUGUUAAUCUGAAGAGUUGUAAAGUUUAAGGCUGUAUUAAGUUCAGAUUUUAGAUGUGGAUCACUGGAUGGGUUGGGGCAGGUUGUGUGGUAAACGACUUUAAGUUGGUGAGAACAUAAUUAUGGGCUCUUAAGUUAUCUCUUGUAGACUUAAGAAUUGUACGAAAUGUGAGGAAAAGACGAAAAAUGAAACCAUAUGACGCUCUGUUUGCCUUUCGAGAUGCUUCGUACAGGUGGGUAUGUACAGAUCGUGUUUUUUAUGUGUAUAAACGUAGACUUUUUGAAAAAAUAAUAAUUCUUAAGCUUUACCGUUUAACGGUAAACUAUCACAAACUUUACGGGAUGUUCAGUACAUUAUUAAUCAAGGUUACUAUAAGAACACUAAACGCAUUCCGAUGACUAAUUUUUCAGGCAAAUUGUAGGAAACCUGUCAGAAUUGGUGCUGGUUAAAGUGACUUAAAACAAAAGCAA